AUGCAGACUACUUCUACAAACAUUUGUGAAAGAAUAGGUCACUCUCAGGAGCUCAGUGAAUUCAAGCGUGGUACCGUGAUAGGUUGCCACCUGUGCAAUAAGUCCAUCCAUGAAAUUCCUUGCUACUAAAAAUAUUCCACAGUCAACUGCUAGUGGUAUAAUAACAAAGUGGAAGCAACAGGGAACAACAGCAACUCAGCCACGAAGUGCAGGAUCAGCGCAUGCUGAAACGCACAGUGCACAGAAAUCACCAAGUGUCUGAAGAGUCAAGAGCUAAAGACCUACAAACUUCAUGUGGUCUUCAGAUUAGCACAACAACAGUUCGUAGAGAGCUUCAUGGAAUGGGUUUCCAUGGCCAA